AUGAGAACGUUCGCCGUCAUUGUCUACACCCUCUCCCAACUUGCGAGGUUCGCACAUGGUGCAGAGGACCCGCUUGGCGGAAUACUUGAAGACCUACUGGGCGAUGAGGGUGACAAUAAGCGUCGUCUAAUAUAUCGCGUAGUGUCCGCCGCCUUCCCCAUGGCACUGUUGAAUGAUCGACGGGAGGCCAGCUACUUCGAACGCAGCCGCAGGCUCCUCUCAUGA